AUGGCGGGCACCAAGUUGAAGCUGAUGAGCUCAGACAAUGAGAUAUUUGAGGCAGACCAAGAGGUAGCCCUUCAGAGCGACACCGUUAAAAAAAUGGUUGAAAAUGCCGAUGCUUCUUCUGCCAGCGCUCCCAUCCCUCUGCCAGAAGUUUCUGGGAAAGUUCUGGAUAAGGUGAUUGAGUACUGCAAGUAUCACGUAAAUGCGAAGGAGCAGGCAGUCACGGACGAGGAGGUGAAGGCGUGGGAUCAAGAGUUUAUCAAAAUCGAUCAAAGUACCCUGUUCGACCUGAUUAUGGCUGCGGAUCAUUUAAAAAUCAAAGAUCUGUCGGAGCUUACAACCCAGGCUGUAGCUGACAUGGUUCGAGGACAGACGCCAGAGGAAAUCGCCAGCACAUUUGGAAGCGACCUUAGUCCAGAACAAAUGGAAGAAGUUCGUCGCGAGAACCAGUGGGCGUUCGAAAAUCCGCCAGAAACUGGCUUCGCUACAGGAGGCGGAAGAUCUCCUCCUACAGCUAAUAGAGGAAACCCGUUUGCUCGCCUCUCCCUCUGGUGUCAACCUGGUGGCAUUCUCAGGAGGGCUGUGAUCGCCUUAAGCCCCUCGCUCUCCUCCUCUCAGCUAACCACAGCUCGCCACGUGGCAGCAACCAUAGGCAUUCCCCUGUGGGAGGUGGAAACAACAGAGGGUCAGGUGCCAGAGUACGUGGCCAAUGAGGGGGCGAGCUGCUAUGCCUGCAAGGCCACUCUCUACACCACAUUGUACACUGUCGCGCAGCAGUCUUUAGCGAGGAUGGGAAUGGAGAACAGCAAUAUGAAUGAAGUCACUCUAUUCAACGGCACCAACGCUGAUGACCUAUCAGACCCUUCUCGCUUGGGUCUCCUAGCUGCUCUGCACUGCCGGGUGGUCUCUCCCCUUGCCCGCCUGCCCAAAGCCGCUGUGCGGGCAGUCGCCAGAGCAGCGGGCCUACCCAACUGGGACUUGGCAGCCUCGCCCUGCCUGCGCAGCAGACUAGCGUUUGGAGUAGAAGCCACUGCAAGCACGCUGAUGCUGGUGGAAAGAGCAGAGGAGAUGGUCCGCUCCUUGCUUCCCCUCACCCCAAGAGACAACAUGAGAGUGCGUCUGCUGCAUCCCCACUCCACCACCACCACAACGAGUAUCCCACCUGGUGCCAUUCCCCUUGAAUCAACUCUUCAGUCACCACUUGAAUCACCUCAAAGCCAGCCAAUUGGUGCAAGCUCAGCCCUCCCGGGUGCUCUCAGUGCUCUUCUAGAGGUAGAGGCAAGUUUCUUGCAGCAGGCAGAGGAACAGCAGGCAGGCAUUGAGGCGGUUCUGCGGCUUGCAGUGCAGCAGGCAGGGGCACAGCAGGCAGGCAUGGAGGCGGUUCAUAGUGCAGCAGGCAGAGGCACAGCCGGCAGGCAUCGAGGCGGGUAUGAUGGCUUUGGGGCUGCACUACCUGGGCUGCAGGGCCUUCAAGAGCGGCAGCCUGGUGCUUCCGCUAUAGCUUCCUACUAG